UCAAACUGGCUCUGAAAAUUCCAGAAGCCAUCUGCAUUGCAUAUUUAGUAUUAAUUAUAGGGCAAUACAGAAAUCUAUAUAGCGUCAUCUUGAAUUUAGGCUAUUGAUUUUGACAGCUGUUUGACAACAAAAUAUUUUUAAGUACUAAAGUUUAGAGUUGUUUGCAAUUGAAACUAUGGGAAAAAUAUUUGUAGAACACAUUGGUGGCACAAGGUUGUUUUCAUGUGCCUCUUGUGAUACAAAUUUGACAAAUCGCAGCGAAUUAAUCAGUACUCGAUUUACAGGAGCAACAGGUCGAGCAUUUCUAUUCAACCGAGUAGUAAAUUUAAUGUACAGUGAAGUACAAGACAGAGUGAUGUUGACUGGCCGUCAUAUGGUGCGCGACGUCAGCUGCAAGAGCUGUUCAGCAAAGCUGGGAUGGAUGUAUGAAUUUGCAACUGAAGAGAAUCAAAGGUACAAAGAAGGCCGAGUAAUUUUGGAAAGAGCAUUGGUGACAGAAUCAGAUGGUUUUGAUGAAGCAGUGGCGCAUGCUGAUGAUUAAUUUAUAUUAAAAUAAAAUUCUAUGCUUAUGAUUAUUAACAUACAUUUUACUUUGUCUAUAAAUAAUGAAUAUACAAAAUUCAUUUAUCCAUCAAUUUGCUGUUACUAUUACCAUAUGAUUUAACUUAUAAUUAGGUUAAGAAUCCAAAAACUUUAGGUUUGAAAUCAAAACAG